UUUAAAGCUGGCCUUUGAAGGCACAUUCAUUCCAUUGAAAUCAGGGCAUUCUGGACCAGACUGCUUGAUAUCUGGCCUUGCCUCUGCCACCUGCUUCCUGUCCCUACCGAUCUCACCUUUGCCCCUCUGUGAAGUGGAGCUCUUACUACCUGCCUUUCUCCACCUCUCAGGGAAGGUAAAAGGAUCAGAGAGGGGCAUAUGUGUCUGAGCCCUUUAUCAACUGCUGAGCAGUGUCCAGACAGAUAUGAAUAAUAUUGAGGUUAUUAUCUGUGUCAGAGAAAGGAACAGAUUUUUAAAGUCUUUACCAAUAGGCAAUUUAUUUAUUUAUUUUUGAGACAGUCUCACUCUGUCACCCAGGCUGGAGUGUAGUGGUGCUAUCUCAGCUCACUACAACCUCCACACCCCCUGGGUUCAAACAAUUCUCCUGCCUCAGCCUCUUGAGUAACUGAGGUUACAGGCUCCAGCCCCCACACCCAGCUAAUUUUUGCUUUUUUAGUAGAGAUGGGGUUUCACCAUGUUAGCCAGGCUGGUCUUGAACUCCUGAUCUCAAGUGAUCUGCCCGCCUCGGCCUGCCAAAGUGCUGGGAUUACAGGGGUGAGCCACCGCACCUGGCCCCAGGAGGCAAUUUUGAAUUCUCCUUGUGUUGGUUUUGGUUACUAUGCUACCAUUUAAAAGAGGAUAAAGUUCUGUUUUUGACCAGUUUUCUGACCAGUUUUCAAGGCAUUUAUUGAGUGCUCACGAGGUUGCCGGCACUUUACAUAUUAGCUCAUUUAAUCCUCCAAACGACCAUGUGAGAUGAAUAUUAUUGGUCUGUAUUACCCAUGAUGAAUCGGAGGCCCAGGGAGGUGCAGCAGCCUGCCCAAGGUCACACAGCAAGCGGUAGAGUCGGGACAUUGCUCCCUCUGCUCCUUGUGCCUCACGCUCCAGAUGUGCAUACACUGCUUUACAGACAGCGGAAAUCAUGAGACUGAAAACUAGGGCUGUCUUUGCUUCAUAGAUCAGUCAACUGACUGUUGGAAAUCUAUCACACUUUUUCGGUUUUUUUUUUUUUUUUGGAGAAAAAAAUACUUAAAACCAAUUAACCACUUCUUAAUUUUAAAGGCUAAUUGGUUAAAAACCAAUUAACCACUUCUUAAUUGUAAAGGCUUAACUGACAAAGACACUGCAUUCCCUUUAAGGCCCCGAGGCUAUACCCAAAUUGGAUUAUGGGCAGUUGCCUGAUGGAGCUUUGUGUUGUCAGGUUGGUCUCAAACUCCUGAACUCAAGUGAUCUGCCUGCCUCUGCCUCCCAAAGGGCUGCGAUUACAGGCGUGAGCCACCGCGCCCGACUGACUGUUUAUUCUCAACUAUAAAACUGCUAUUAUUUCCACGAGAGAUUCUAAAGCUUUACAAAGACAUAAGAUCCUAACAUGCCCUGUCAGAACAGAAUGGUGAGGUUGAGAAUGAACGUACCUAGUCCAUGGAAAUUCCUGAGUAUUCGUGAAUCCUAUAUAAAGCCGUCAGUCAUGAGAAGGCAGCCUCACCCUUGAGAGCACCUGUCCCCGGCCUGCCUUUGUGCCCACCCACGACCUUACCUUGCACUAUGGUGGGGUAAUUGGGAGUAAAGCUAAGACCUCCUUUUCCAAAUAAAAUUGUCUUUCAAAAACGUGUGAUCCAGUUAUUCACUCUGGAAAAGAAUUUGACAGAGACGAAACAGAAUUUCUUAACAAAUAUGUGUUAUAGAAUCAUCUUAAUGUGAUUAAAUAUUAGACACUACAUUUUCAAACAGCACUUUGGUAUUCCUAGCUGGUGGUAAAGUUCAAGUUAAUGAGAAGGAUGUUUGUGGUCACCUCAGUCCUAACCUUCACAACAACAAACAGUGAAGGGAACCAACAUUUCCCAAGGUCAGAAAUUUUCUCUCGUUCAGAGGAUAACCUUAUCCAAACCUGAAGUUCCAAGGUGAACAGAGUUUGAAAACAGAAACAGCUAAUUAUUUAGCCUUCAUGUCCAGAGAAACCAAUUUAAAAUUUAAGAUGUCACUUGAAAUCACAGACCAGUACCUCCAAAGAGAAGAUGCAUUGGCAACAUUUGAUGGUUUUAUUGAAUGUGAAGAACCCAAUAACCGACUAGAUAAGUUUACAGGAACACUAUUUUGGAGAAACACAAGUUUUCCUUUGGAUGCUGAUAAAAUUUUGUUACGUGGCUGCGUAAUUAGGAACACUGAUUUCUGCCACGGCUUAGUCAUUUUUGCAGGUGCUGACACUAAAAUAAUGAAGAAUAGUGGGAAAACCAGAUUUAAAAGAACUAAAAUUGAUUACUUGAUGAACUACAUGGUUUACACGAUCUUUGUUGUUCUUAUUCUGCUUUCUGCUGGUCUUGCCAUCGGCCAUGCUUAUUGGGAAGCACAGGUGGGCAAUUACUCUUGGUACCUCUAUGAUGGAGAAGACGCUACACCCUCCUACCGUGGAUUCCUCGUUUUCUGGGGCUAUAUCAUUAUUCUCAACACCAUGGUACCCAUCUCUCUCUAUGUCAGCGUGGAAGUGAUUCGUCUUGGACAGAGUCACUUCAUCAACUGGGACCUGCAAAUGUACUAUGCUGAGAAGGACACACCUGCAAAAGCUAGAACCACCACACUCAAUGAACAGCUUGGGCAGAUCCAUUAUAUCUUCUCUGAUAAGACGGGGACACUCACACAAAAUAUCAUGACCUUUAAAAAGUGCUGUAUCAACGGGCAGAUAUAUGGGGACCGUCGGGAUGCCUCUCAACACAACCAUAACAAAAUAGAGCAAGUUGAUUUUAGCUGGAAUACAUAUGCUGAUGGGAAGGUUGCAUUUUACGACCACUAUCUGAUUGAGCAAAUCCAAUCAGGGAAAGAGCCAGAAGUACGACAGUUCUUCUUCUUGCUCGCAGUUUGCCACACGGUCAUGGUGGAUAGGACUGAUGGUCAGCUCAACUACCAGGCAGCCUCUCCCGAUGAAGGUGCCCUGGUAAACGCUGCCAGGAACUUUGGCUUCGCCUUCCUUGCCAGGACCCAGAACACCAUCACCAUCAGUGAGCUGGGUACUGAAAGGACUUACAAUGUUCUUGCCAUUUUGGACUUCAACAGUGACCGGAAGCGAAUGUCUAUCAUUGUAAGAACCCCAGAAGGCAAUAUCAAGCUUUACUGUAAAGGUGCCGACACUGUUAUUUAUGAACGGUUACAUCGAAUGAAUCCUACUAAGCAAGAAACACAGGAUGCCCUGGAUAUCUUUGCAAAUGAAACUCUUAGAACCCUAUGCCUUUGCUACAAGGAAAUUGAAGAAAAAGAAUUUAUAGAAUGGAAUAAAAAGUUUAUGGCUGCCAGUAUGGCCUCCACCAACCGGGACGAAGCUCUGGAUAAAGUAUACGAGGAGAUUGAAAAAGACUUAAUUCUCCUGGGAGCUACAGCUAUUGAAGACAAGCUACAGGAUGGAGUUCCAGAAACCAUUUCAAAACUUGCAAAAGCUGACAUUAAGAUCUGGGUGCUUACUGGAGACAAAAAGGAAACUGCUGAAAAUAUAGGAUUUGCUUGUGAACUUCUGACUGAAGACACCACCAUCUGCUAUGGGGAGGAUAUUAAUUCUCUUCUUCAUGCAAGGAUGGAAAACCAGAGGAAUAGAGGUGGCGUCUCUGCAAAGUUUGCACCUCCUGUGCAGGAAUCUUUUUUUCCACCCGGUGGAAACCGUGCCUUAAUCAUCACUGGUUCUUGGUUGAAUGAAAUUCUUCUCGAGAAAAAGACCAAGAGAAGUAAGAUUCUGAAGCUGAAGUUCCCAAGAACAGAAGAAGAAAGACGGAUGCGGACCCAGAGUAAAAGGAGGCUAGAAGCUAAGAAAGAGCAGCGGCAGAAAAACUUUGUGGACCUGGCCUGCGAGUGCAGCGCAGUCAUCUGCUGCCGCGUCACCCCCAAGCAGAAGGCCAUGGUGGUGGACCUGGUGAAGAGGUACAAGAAAGCCAUCACGCUGGCCAUCGGAGACGGGGCCAAUGACGUGAACAUGAUCAAAACUGCCCACAUUGGCGUUGGAAUAAGUGGACAAGAAGGAAUGCAAGCUGUCAUGUCGAGUGACUAUUCCUUCGCUCAGUUCCGAUAUCUGCAGAGGCUACUGCUGGUGCAUGGCCGAUGGUCUUACAUAAGGAUGUGCAAGUUCCUACGAUACUUCUUUUACAAAAACUUUGCCUUUACUUUGGUUCAUUUCUGGUACUCCUUCUUCAAUGGCUACUCUGCGCAGACUGCAUAUGAGGACUGGUUCAUCACCCUCUACAACGUGCUGUACACCAGCCUGCCCGUGCUCCUCAUGGGGCUGCUCGACCAGGAUGUGAGUGACAAACUAAGCCUCCGAUUCCCUGGGUUAUACAUAGUGGGACAAAGAGACUUACUAUUCAACUAUAAGAGAUUCUGUGUAAGCUUGUUGCAUGGGGUCCUAACAUCGAUGAUCCUCUUCUUCAUACCUCUUGGAGCUUAUCUGCAAACCGUAGGGCAGGACGGAGAGGCACCUUCCGACUACCAGUCUUUUGCUGUCACCAUUGCCUCUGCUCUUGCAAUAACAGUCAAUUUCCAGAUUGGCUUGGAUACUUCUUAUUGGACUUUUGUGAAUGCUUUUUCAAUUUUUGGAAGCAUUGCACUUUAUUUUGGCAUCAUGUUUGACUUUCAUAGUGCUGGAAUACAUGUUCUCUUUCCAUCUGCAUUUCAAUUUACAGGCACAGCUUCAAACGCUCUGAGACAGCCAUACAUUUGGUUAACUAUCAUCCUGACUGUUGCUGUGUGCUUACUGCCCGUCGUUGCCAUCCGAUUCCUGUCAAUGACCAUCUGGCCAUCAGAAAGUGAUAAGAUCCAGAAGCAUCGCAAGCGGUUGAAGGCAGAGGAGCAGUGGCAGCGACGCCAGCAGGUGUUCCGCCGGGGCGUGUUAACGCGGCGCUCGGCCUACGCCUUCUCGCACCAGCGGGGCUACGCGGACCUCAUCUCCUCCGGGCGCAGCAUCCGCAAGAAGCGCUCGCCGCUUGAUGCCAUCGUGGCCGAUGGCACCGCAGAGUACAGGCGCACCGGGGACAGCUGAUCCCUCACCCCCAGGCCGGGAUGAGGCCACAAAGCACGUCUAUUUUUUUAUGAAAGACUCUCAGGACUUUGUGUGUGUGUGUGAAUUGCAUUCAUCACAAACAUAUUGAAGACAAUAAAUAAUCUUUAUAACAAACUCCUUGGGUUGGACUAUUAAACAAUAGCAGAGCCCAGAAAUAGGACUUUUAAAAGUCCUAUUAUCCGGCCGGGCGUGGUGGCUUAGAUCUGUAAUCCCAGCACUUUAGGAGGCUGAGGAGGGGAGAUCACCUGAGGCCAGGAGUUCGAGGCCAGCCCAGCCAACAUGGUGAAACCCUGUCUCUACCACAAAUUAAAAAAUUAGCCGGGCUUCGUGGUGGGCACCCAUAAUCCCACCUAUUUGAGAGCCUGAAGCAGGAGAAUCGCUUGAACCUGGGAGAUGGAGGUUACAGUGAGCCGAGAUUGUGCCACUGCACUCCAGCCUGGGUGACAGAGCAAGACUCUGUCUUAAGAAAAAUUUAAAAAUAGGCCAGGCACGGCGGCUCAUGCCUGUCAUCCUAGCACUUUGGGAGGCCAAGGCAGGUGGAUCACUUGAGGUCAGGAGAACCAGCCUGGCCAACAUGGUGAAACCCCAUCUCUACUAAAAAUACAAAAAUUAGCUGGAAAUCGCUUGAACCUGGGAGAUGGAGGUUCCAGUGAGCCGAGAUCAUGGCACUGCACUCCAGCCUGAGCAACAGAGUGAGACUCCAUCUCAAAAAAAUUUUUUUAAUAAUAAUAAAAGUCCUAUUAUUCAACUGGUUAUGUACAUUAUGGUUGAAAGGGAACGUUUUAAUCCAGUUCAAUCCAGGGCAAUAGAAUUACAAAGCAUGUUGUAUUUCAGUUCAAAUGGUAUUGUAUUAUAAAAUUACAGUUACAUUUUCCUUUCUGUGAUCUUCAGCAUAAUUUCCCAGAGGCUCCUUUUUCCCCCCAUAGGCCAUCUUAUUAACAGAUUUUAAAAUUUAUAGUAAUAACAAAUGACUUACCAGUGUUCAUCAUCUGAAAGCUAAGUGGUUCAAUCACUUUUUCAAAGUUGAUAGUAGAUUGCAUCGUUUCAUGUUUCCUCAUAUUGGUUUAAUAAUUCUAUUUAAUCAAGGAAAAUAACUUCAGAUUCCAUAAAGUUUCAGUUUAUUUUUGGUUUACUACUAGGUGAGAUAGCACAUUACAUACUUUUACUAUCAAUAUUAUUUUAGCAGCUUCCCAUAGUACCAAAUGAUUUGAGUCCCUACCCUCAUUUUUUAAAGCAUCUAAAUAUUUAUGGGCUUAAAAAAGGGGUUUUUAAAAACUCAGGAUAUCAGUAAUAAAUUGCAGAAUAUUUUGCGAAGCUUUCUUUUGGAAAGCAAACUUUUCUGCCUGCCUAUAUGUAAAGUAUUUUAUAAGGGACUUGAACAGAGACCUCACUCUUUUUCACUUGUCUUAUGUUGAGAGAAAAGGUUAUUGGCAGCCACAUUCCUAAGACUGGGGAAUGGUGUGUCCUUUUAAAUUUGAAGAUAACUUUAGGUAAUUAUGGAAACUCCUCAAGGAGGUAAAAGUAAUUUUUUUCCAGACAUUUUUCUCAUUCUGUAUCUUUCACACACUAGUUUCCAUAGUUCAAUAAUUCUAUUUUUUACCAUUGGGCUGUGAAUGUUCACAAUAUCAGUCCUGUUGAAUUCCUAUGAGGUAAUCACAAUGUGUAUAUAGUUCAUUUUCUAGGUAUGAUAAAAGAAUGUAUGGCUUUUUAUUCUGUGGAAGUAAAAUCCUGAACGUUUACAACUUUUUCUUAACUUGUAAAUAAAAAAUUAUGUUUUUUUCUUUUUUUUACAGAAAAGUUAGCUUGUGUAAUUCUGUUAGUUUCAGAUUUCUCUCUUGUUUUUACAAAUUGUGGGAAAGACUGACAAUGCAAAUGUGUCAAAGACAUACUGUUGGGUGCAAUAUUAACAAUUUUAAAAUGCAAAUUUCUUUGGAUAAAUUAUUUCUAUAUUCUGUAAAUCUGAGAUUUAAUGUAUAUUUUGUUUAAAAAAAUGAUUUAGUAAAAUCUUUGAAAAGUAUAAUCUUCUAAAGUAUUUAAA